AUGACAGGUCUUGUACUAAAUUCUAACGGAUCUGAAAAUUAUAAAAUAUCUAACCGUUUACAGUCUAUUAUUUCUAAUCAUAUUGAUAAUAAUAGUAUAGAAGAAUUAGAUAAAGACGAUAUACUAGAAGAAAGUUUUCAAAAUAUAAUAGAGAUUGAUGACGAUAAAAUAAUAGAGAUUAAUAAUGAUAAAAUAAUAGAGAUUGAUGAAAAUGAAGUAAUAGAGACUGAUGAAGAUGAAGUAAUAGAGACUGACGAAAAUGAAGUAAUAGAGACUAACAAAGAUGAAGUAAUAAAAAUUAACAAAGAUGAAGUAAUAGAAAUUGACAAAGAUGAAGUAAUAGAAAUUAACAAAGAUGAAAUAAUAGAGAUUGACAAAGAUGAAGUAAUAGAGAUUGACAAAGAUGAAGUAAUAGAGAUUGACAAAGAUGAAGUAAUAGAAAUUGACAAAGAUGAAGUAAUUGAGAUUAACAAAAAUAAAGUAAUAGAGAUUGACAAAGAUGAAGUAAUAGAGAUUGACCAAAAAUAA